AUGCCCUCGUAUCUUUCCCAUCUAUUGUGCGUCGGUCUGGCAGCCAGCCUUGCCGUUGCGGCCCCAACUCCAUCGAAGGUUUCGGACGUGGUCAAGAGAUCUUCUUCCACUUGCACCUUCACCAGUGCCGCCAAGGCCACAGAAAGCAAGGCCGAUUGCUCUACCAUUAUCCUCAGCAACAUUGAGGUCCCAGCCGGCACGACCCUGGAUCUGACUGACCUGACCAAGGGAACAGAGGUCAUCUUCGAAGGCACCACCACAUUCGGCUACGAGGAAUGGGAUGGCCCAUUGAUCGAGAUCUCCGGAAAGAGCAUUACCGUCAAGGCCGCCUCUGGUGCCGUGAUUAACGGAGACGGUUCUCGCUGGUGGGAUGGCGAAGGUACCAACGGUGGCAAGACCAAGCCCAAGUUCUUCUAUGCCCACUCCCUGGAUGAGUCGACUAUCACCGGUCUCACCAUCAAGAACACCCCCGUACAGGCUUUCAGUAUUGAGUCUGACUACCUGACUAUCACGGAUGUCACGAUCGAUAACUCGGCCGGUGACGACGAGGGCGGUCACAACACCGAUGGCUUCGAUAUCGGCGAAUCCACCUACAUCACCAUCACCGGUGCCGUGGUCAAGAACCAGGACGAUUGUGUCGCCAUCAACUCCGGCGAGAAUAUCUACUUCUCCGGUGGUACCUGCUCCGGUGGCCACGGUCUGUCUAUUGGAUCCGUUGGUGGCCGUUCCGACAACACCGUGAAGAAUGUCACUUUUACCUCGUCCACCGUUAGCGAUUCCGAGAACGGUAUCCGUAUCAAGACUGUCUACGAUGCCACUGGCUCUGUGUCUGAUGUGACCUUCUCGGAUAUCACCCUCUCCGGUAUUACUGAUUACGGUGUUGUCAUUGAGCAGGAUUAUGAAAAUGGUUCGCCGACCGGGGACCCUUCGAACGGUGUUACCAUCUCCGAUAUCACUAUCAAGAGCAUCACUGGUUCUGUCGAGUCUGAUGCCGUUGAGGUGUACAUCCUUUGCGGUGAUGGUAGCUGCACAGACUGGACUUGGAAAGACGUGGAUGUGACCGGUGGCAAAACCAGCUCGAAAUGCGAGAACGUGCCCUCGGCUGCCUCAUGCACUUAA